AUGGACCUGCGGCGGUGCGUGCAGGCGCUCCUGCUGCUCUGGCUCGCCCUGACCUCGGUGUGUGGAGGUCCCCUGAUACAACCUUUGGACCAGAAUGGACUGGAGGAAGGCACUGUCCGCCACCUGGUGCAGCCCAGAGGGGCGAGGAAUGGACCAGGGCCCUGGCAGGGUGGUCGGAGGAAGUUCCGCCGCCAGCGGCCCCGCCUCUCCCACAAGGGGCCCAUGCCUUUCUGA